AUGUCUGUCACGUACAAAAAAUACUCUGAGAUCACAGAGAAUUUGGAUGAACCAUCGGUUUUAUCAUCAGAUGCAAACGAGCGAAAAUUGGCUCGUAAACUUCGUAUUCAACGACGCUUAGAUGCCCUGCACAAGCAAUCGACAGCCGAGGACACGGAAAUUGUGGAAAUAACGCCCAUCGAGAAACAAGUACUCGAAAGUAUAAACGCUUUGGAAAAAUUGGCCCUCGAAGGUGGCGAAGUGGUUUCCGGCGUGAAAGUAGCGAACGAUGCAAGGGAGCUGCAAAGGCGCAAGGAAAUGCAAGAGACGAGGGAGAGAUUACUGGCGGCACUCGAAGAGGAAGACAAAACGUGUACGGAGAAGUACUUCGCGAUUAGCCAGAAGUGGCCCGAAAUUCUUGCCUGCAAAGACCCGUUAGAUAUUCACGACGAAUUGGAGUCUCAGAAUGCCAAGUGCCUCGAAGUCCUGGAUAAAAAGGAUGCCCUAAUCGCGGAAUUGAAGCAAGAACUGGAGAAAGCCGAUCUAAUGUACGCUGAAGAAGUGAACAACCAAAACGAAGAUAUCGAUUUGCUCAUCGAAAGGAUGGAAAAUCAAGUACGCGCAAUGACCAAAGCUUACCGCCACGAGCUGCAGAUGGUCGAGAACGUCAUCGAAUCGGAGCGCAAAACGCUUCUGACAACUUCUCAGGAAAAAUGGGAGGCACUGUUGCAAAAGUACAAGGAAGACACCGUGGAAGCGAGGGAGAAGAAGAAGGAAAUAAUGCGGGACUACGAGGAAGAAAUGAGGAAAGCGAUUACAGAACACCAGGAAGAGUUCAGGCGACUGAAGAUCAAUUUCGAAUUAGAGAUACAACAGCUACAGCAGGAGGUGCAGAACAUGAAAGCUUUGUGCUUGAUGAAUGUCGAGAAAUUGGAUUACAAUUACGCGGUGCUGAAGCGUCGGGAGGAAGAGAACAUUAUCGUGAAGAACCAACAGAAGAGAAGAAUAAACAAGCUUCAAGAUGCUAUGAAUGGUUUUAAAAAAACGUACACGGAUUUGGAGGAAUCGACGAGACAGGAAAUUCAAAAGCUGACGAACGAAAUUUUGAAAUCGCAAAAAGCUAUAAUAGACCUGGAGGAGAAGUCUAAUUAUUUGGCAACCGUGAAUGAUAGAAAAUAUAUGCAGAUUUGGGAUAUGAAUAUCGAGACUGCCAACGAGUUAGUUGACAAGAUUUUAGGGGCGGACAGAAUUAUACACGAGCAGUUGUUGGGAAUAGAAUGGGAACCACCGACGGAACAGUUAUUGAGAAAGGAAGAUCUACCGUCGUAUUGCGGCGCGAUGUGUGCUUUGAAACAGGAAAAAGAGGAGGCGAGGAAGAGAAAGACAAUUUCCAAGUCGUACGAACCGGCAACGACUUUGGAUGAUAUCAAUUUGGAACGACGUCUGCUGAACCAUAUUUCGAAACUAAUAUCCGAUCAUUGCGAUCAUCUUAUAGAGGAUACUUUAAAGAACCUACUGUCUAACUUCGCGGAGAAUGACAAGUUACUAAUUCGAUUGGACAAAGUAUUCGAGGCAUUAAAAAUUACAUCCGAACAAGAUCUUCAAUUUUUAUUAAACUUUUUCUUACCAUAUGCGUACUGUCCCACGUGCACAAUAAAAACUGAGACCACACCGAGUAUUUGUGGUCAAUCUGGCGAAAAUACAGAAACUUCGUCCGUAACCACUUUACCCUCCGUUUGCGGUAACGAUGAACCUAAUCCGGAAGAAGAUAAAUUAGUUGCAGCCGUGCAAGAAGCACUUUGUUGCACGAAAUUCCGCGACAAAAAUGAAACAACAAUUGAGAGUAGUACAACGGAAACAUCUUCGACCGAAACAUCAUCCGAGGAUGUGCAGAUUCCGUCUGUCUGUGUUGCAGAAGGCAUCGUCGAAGUCGUCAGUGAUGGUAAACCAAAGCGACAGUUGACGUGCGACAAAGGUCACUUAUUGGCAAUUAAUACGGAAUUUGUGGCCAAUGCCUUGAAAGAAUUCAUAGAAAGAUACGAAUUUGUUAAGAGAGAAGAAAGUGUUGUACCUAUCGCUAAAAGAAUAUUAAAAGUAAAAGUCACAGUGUCGCGAAACAUAACGGAUAAAGAUAUUACUGAAUUUUGGCAACGGUAUAAAAAUAUCUUUUCAGCAGACAAAGAGAGACUCUGGGAUAACCUGUUGGUUGGUCUAAAAAAAUAUUACGAGAUGCUGAAAAAGAGGCAUGAAUUAAAUGCUGAAACUGAAUUUCUGAGAAAGCAAAAUGCAGAACUGAGUCAUUUGUUAAAAACUUAUACGUCAGAGCCCAGAACUGUGGAGUUAACAGAAAGAGAUACAAAACUUCUUCAACAUAUACUGCAAGAUCAAAGAAAUUACACAGCAUGAAGUAUCAUUUUCAACAUUAUAUAUUUUUCAAAUACUGUUUAAAUGGACAUGUGUAUAUACAUUCAUACAAUACAUCAGUACCGUUUUGUGCUAUAUCGUUCAAUAAUAAAAACUAGAGAGAAAUCAAAUAUUUCGUAUAUAGGUUCAAAUUUUGAUGAGACAGAUUCAAACUUCUUGUUUCGAAGUUUCUAUAAGUAUCAUGUUGAAAAUUUUACGAUCUUUCGAAUUAUAUCGUUUGCAUAAAACAACGAUCAUUUAACUACAAUUGACAUGUUCCAUUCUCUAACAUAUAA